AUGGCUGGCUAUCCUCCACCUGUUGGAUUUAACACCAAUCUCGACGCUCCAGCGGGUUAUCCCCCACAGGGUCCGAUGGGAUUCCCUCCCCAAGGGGGAUAUCCACCCCAGGGAGGUCAAAUGGGGUACCCCCCUCAGGGCCAAAUGGGUUACCCCCCUCAGGGCCAAAUGGGCUAUCCACCACAAGGCCCAAUGGGGCAACUGCCACCCCAAGGUCAAAUGGGUUACCCUCCCUAUGGAGGUCAACCCGGCUACGGUGGCGCGCCUCCUCCUCAAGGCGGUUAUACUAAUGGCUAUGGGCCUCCUCAGCCCAUGGGUCUCGGAUAUGGAGCUGGAGCUGUUGCCGGCCCUUCAGGGUCAUGUGGUGGAGGGGCUGCUAUGGGAUUUCUCUCAAUUUACUACAGUGGAAGACCAACAGUUGUUCCAAUGCCCUGCUUCAAUCCAUGCGAUGAUGCUGAGAAUCUGCGCAAGGCUAUGCGUGGACUGGGUACUGAUGAAGGCUGCAUUAUUGCAGUCCUCUCGAAACGCACAUGUGGCCAGCGUUCGGAAAUAGCCAAGAAGUACAAGGCAUCUUUUGGCAAGGAUGUUGGCUUAUUUUCUUCCCCUAAAGUUCGCUACGCAGAGGACAAGAACGCUCUUCUAGCUACCUGGUUCUACGAGUCGAUGGUUGGAAUUGGCACGCGCGACAAGGCCCUCAUGCAGUUGGUGCUGGGUAGAUGCGAGAUUGAUCUACAAGACGUUAAGGAGGCCUAUCAGCGAAAAUAUGGGAAGUGCCUGGUAAAGGCCAUCGAAAAUGACACCUCAGGUGACUACAAGAGAAUGCUCGUGGCUUUGGUUGGACCCUGA